AGCAGAGACGUCCCGGACAGUGCUUCGGACCUCUAAUCCCGAGAAUCAGCCGAGAACUUCACAAAGCGUUAGAAAGUUUGUGUUCCUGAAGAUGGAGAGAGGCGUCAUGUUGAGUAGAGAUCUUCCAGACAUUGAGAGCAUCUUGAGUCUGAACCCCAGAGUGAAGACUCAUGCUCAGAUCGUGUCCACAGCAAGUAAGAAGAAAGAAAAGAAGCACUGGAAGAGAAACCCUGAGAGGAACUGUGAUUCUUGUGUGAAGUUGGAGAACAACUUUGACGACAUCAAACACACAACGCUGAGCGAGAGAGGAGCUCUACGAGAAGCGCUGAGGUGUCUGAAAUGUGCCGAUGCUCCCUGUCAGAAGAGCUGCCCGACAAACCUGGACAUCAAGUCAUUUAUUACAAGUAUCUCCAAUAAGAACUACUAUGGAGCAGCUCGAGCCAUUCUGUCUGACAAUCCUCUGGGUCUGACCUGUGGGAUGGUUUGUCCCACGUCAGACUUGUGCGUUGGAGGCUGCAACCUGUACGCUUCUGAGGAAGGACCCAUCAACAUCGGAGGCUUACAGCAGUUUGCUACUGAGGUGUUCAGUAAAAUGGGAAUCCCUCAGAUCAGGAAUCCUGAACUCCCACCAGCCAAUGAGAUGCCAGAAUCUUACCACAGCCCGAUCGCUCUGAUUGGCUGCGGCCCUGCGUCCAUCAGCUGCGCUUCUUUCCUGGCCCGUCUCGGAUACGAUAACGUCACCAUCUUUGAGAAACAGAAGUACACUGGAGGGCUGAGCACAUCAGAAAUCCCUCAGUUCCGGCUUCCCUUUGAGGUCGUCCAGUUUGAAAUCGAUCUGAUGAAAGACCUGGGAGUCAAGGUGGUUUGUGAAAAGGGUUUAGGAGUUAAUGGAAUGACUCUGACGUCCCUGAAGAAGGACGGAUUUAAGGCAGUCUUCAUUGGAAUCGGUCUCCCUCAGGCCAACAGAGCGAAAAUCUUCCAGGGUUUAACUAUGGAUCAAGGCUUCUUCACCUCUAAAGACUUCCUGCCAAUGGUGGCUUCUGCCAGCAAGAAAGGUAUGUGUCAGUGUCGCUCCUCGCUGCCUGAGCUGAGGGGAGUUGUGAUCGUUUUGGGUGCCGGAGACACGGCAUUCGACUGUGCAACAUCUGCCCUCCGCUGUGGAGCCAAGAGAGUUUACGUCUGCUUCAGGAAGGGAUUCACCAACAUCAGAGCUGUUCCUGAGGAGAUGGAGCUGGCUAAAGAGGAGCAGUGCGAGUUCCUGCCCUUCCUGUCUCCUCGUGAGGUCGUCAUGAAGAACGGACGGGUUGCCGGGUUACAGUUCUGCCGCACCGAGCAGAUGGAGGAUGGUGAUUGGCUGGAAGACGAGGACCAGAUCGUCAGACUGAAGGCUGAUUACAUCAUCAGUGCCUUUGGUUCGAUGCUGAAUGAACCUCAAGUUUCUGCUGCCAUGGCUCCUGUGAAGCUGAACCGCUGGGGAACUCCAGAGGUGAACACCGACACCAUGCAGACCAGCGAGCCCUGGGUGUUUGCAGGAGGAGACAUCGCUGGUUUGGCAAACACCUCAGUGGAGUCUGUGAACGACGGCAAACAGGCCUCAUGGCACAUCCACAGAUACAUACAGUCGCUGCAUGGACAGACAGUGGAUCCCGUCCCAAAGCUGCCGUUGUUCUACAGCGCUAUAGAUCAGGUGGACAUCAGCGUUGAGGUUUGUGGAAUAAAGUUUCCAAACCCGUUCGGCCUGGCCUCUGCUCCUCCCACCACCAGCACCGCCAUGAUCAGGAGAGCCUUUGAGCAGGGAUGGGGCUUCGCUCUCACCAAGACGUUUGGACUGGACAAGGACCUGGUGACCAACGUGUCUCCUCGUAUUGUGCGUGGAACCACCUCAGGUCACGUCUACGGACCUGGACAGGGUUCUUUCCUCAACAUCGAGCUCAUCAGUGAGAAGACGGCGGCCUACUGGUGCCAGACGGUCGCUGAGCUGAAGAAAGACUUCCCCGACAACGUGGUGAUCUCUAGCAUAAUGUGCAGUUACAACAAGGAAGACUGGACCGAACUCGCCAAGAUGGCCGAGGAGUCUGGAGCAGAUGCACUGGAGCUGAACCUGUCCUGUCCUCAUGGGAUGGGAGAACGAGGCAUGGGACUGGCCUGUGGACAGGACCCAGUGUUGGUGCGUAACAUCUGCCGCUGGGUGCGUGCAGCCAUUUCCAUCCCCUUCUUUGCCAAACUGACACCAAAUGUCACCAAUAUCGUCGACAUCGCCAAGGCUGCCCAUGAAGGUGGAGCAGACGGAGUCACAGCCACCAACACAGUCUCAGGCAUGAUGGGACUGAAGGCUGACGGUUCUCCCUGGCCAGGUGUUGGCGUGGGCAAACGCACCACCUAUGGAGGCGUGUCUGGUAACGCCAUCAGGCCCAUCGCACUCAGAGCUGUGUCGGCCAUCGCCAGAGCGAUUCCUGGUUUCCCUAUUCUGGCCACCGGAGGUAUCGACUCAGCAGAGACUGGACUGCAGUUCCUCCAUGCUGGAGCCUCAGUCUUACAGGUGUGUAGUGCAGUUCAGAACCAGGACUUCACAGUGAUUGAGGAUUACUGCGUCGGUCUGAAGGCCUUGUUGUACCUGAAGAGCCUGGAGCUGAAGGACUGGGACGGUCAGUCUCCUCCAACAGAGAAACACCAGAAGGGAAAACCAGUUCCCAGACUGGAGGAUCUGGUCGGACAGAGCCUCCCUAGCUUUGGUCCAUACCUGAAGCAGAAGAAAGACGCCAUUUCAAUGUACAAGAAACAGCUCAGAGAAGCUGGUGUAACGGAUGUAGUCGAAACCAGCAUCAGCAAAGUCAGGACGCCCAAAAAACCUGUUCCAGCUGUCAAGGAUGUGAUAGCCAGAGCGCUGCGCCACAUUGGAGCCUACCAGGAGCUUAACAACAUGGAGCAGGUCCAGGCCCUCAUAGAUGAAGAAAUGUGCAUCAACUGUGGUAAAUGUUACAUGACCUGCAAUGACUCUGGAUACCAGGCUAUAAUGUUCGACCCGGAGACCCACCUUCCCUUCGUCACCGACAGCUGUACAGGCUGCACUCUGUGCCUCAGUGUCUGUCCCAUCAUAGACUGCAUCAAGAUGGUCACCAGAACGACGCCCUACAAACCCAAGAGGGGCGUACCCAUUAGUCCUGUCUGCUGAAGGGAAAACUUUCCACCUAUUUUAUAAUAGAGAUCAGAUAUUACUAAGUUUGGUUUGGUAAAAGUGCUGUCAACACUGUGUCUCAGUAACGUAGAAAUCAUCAAAGCAUGUUGGUCUUGUUAAUAAAGAAGGUCAGGUAACAUGGACUAAAUAUGUUUAUGUUAGUAUAAUGUUCGCUGAGAAGCAGACAACUCUACAGCAAUUGUAUAAAUUUCUUAUUAAUUUAACUAACUUGUGUGCACAUCAUUUCUAAUUAAAAGGGCAUUUUCUGUCUGUUUAAUGCAGUAAUGUGAAACUAAAUGCAUUCCUGAUAUUUCCAUGAACUAAAUAAAGCUCUUCUGGUGCCGUCUGUACAUUGCAACUAAGAGGAAUCUUGUAGUGAUUAUUACACACAGUAAUAGGGAGCAGGACGUGUCUCUGUAACUUUGUGAUAACUUUUAUUAGAAAUUAGCAAAUGUCCAACUGUAUAAUCUUUAUAAUCUGUUACAAAAAGUGUUAUCAGUAGCAAAAACGGAAGCAUUAAACGUAACAUGAAGCAUUACGCAAAA